AUGACCGGAUCCCACGCAACAGUCUGUGGACAUGCCUUCGCGCAUACGGCCCUAGAGAAAGCGUAUGACCGGAUCCCACGCAACAGUCUGUGGACAUGCCCUCCAUCUUCUGAAACUGAUCUCCAGUGCUCCUUAGAAAGGUUCGCAACCGAGUGCGACAAGACCGGAAUGCGUGUGAACGCAUCUAAAAUGAAAAGCCUAGUGCUUUCUCAUUCUCCUGCCCGUUGCUCUCUUCAGAUUAACGGAGAGGCAGUGGAGCAGGAAGAGAUCUACGGACGGACUGAAGUAAACAGUGGCGUUCUGCAUGGACUAACCCGAACCAUUGCGACUAAGGCAGAGCUGAGCAUGAAGACAAAACUCUCGAUGUUCAAGGCGAUCUUCAUCCCCAUACUCAUCUACGGCCAUGAGUCGUGGACUAUGAUCAAAAAAUUCGAUUCCGAGUACAAGCGGCUGAAGUGGGCCUUCCGAGACGAGUCGCGGGACUUGUCUCGACAUAGUAUGGAGAACAGAAAUCAGUGA